UGGAAUCGUAUAAUUACGACUCUGGCCACUCGGAUCAGCGCCAAGACGGCUAAAAGUGUCAUGGCCUUUUCCGGUUCACGCUUGCCGCAACGAAGACGUGAAUAAAGGUGAACCAUGGCGGAUAUAGAAACGUUCGACGAUGUCGUAGUCACGAAUUUGGAGGCUCUGCCGGUCGCUCUGUCCGCUGAGUUGCCAGAGAUCAAAUUGUUCGGUCGGUGGAACUGCGAUGACGUUCAGGUCAGCGACAUGUCCCUUCAGGAUUACAUUGCGGUCAAAGAAAAGAACGCAAAGUACCUGCCACAUUCCGCCGGUCGAUACGCUGCCAAACGUUUUCGCAAGGCGCAAUGCCCCAUUGUCGAGCGGCUAACCAAUUCUUUAAUGAUGCAUGGUAGGAACAAUGGAAAGAAACUCAUGGCUGUCAGAAUCGUCAAGCACGCCUUUGAGAUCAUCCAUCUACUCACAGGCGAAAAUCCUCUGCAGGUUCUGGUGACUGCGAUAAUAAACUCUGGACCUCGUGAAGAUUCAACCCGUAUUGGUCGUGCGGGUACGGUGCGUCGUCAAGCGGUUGAUGUGUCACCACUGCGACGUGUAAAUCAGGCGAUCUGGCUAUUGUGCACGGGCGCGCGUGAAGCAGCUUUCCGAAACAUCAAAACAAUCGCGGAAUGCUUAGCCGAUGAGCUAAUCAACGCAGCGAAGGGAUCAUCAAAUUCAUACGCCAUCAAGAAGAAGGAUGAACUUGAACGUGUCGCCAAAUCCAACCGAUAAAACGGCACUCACUUUAUGCUGUUUGUGUCUAUCAAAUUUUUAUUGAGUAUCAGACACCUGCGGUUGUUUAAUAAAUAAAUAAAAAUCUCAAAAAAUA